CCGCAGGGAAGGCGGCUGCCGAGCGGCGCGGGAAGAAGCGGGCGUCGGCGGAGGCGCUGGACGACGUGGGCGGCGAAGUACAGAACAUGCUGGAAAAAUUUGGAGCUGACAUUAACAAGGCUCUCCUUGCCAAGAAAAAAAGACUAGAAACAUAUACCAAGGCUUCUUUCAAGUCCAGUAGCCAGAAAAUUGAACAUGUUUGGAAAACACAACAAGAACAAAGGCAGAAACUUAACCAAGAGUAUUCUGAGCAGUUCCUGAGUGUGUUUCAGCAGUGGGACACAGAUCUGAAGAAGGCGGAGGAACAAGAAGAGAAACUGGUGAAUAUACUGCGACAACAACAAAAGGUUUUUCAACAGUCUAGAAUUGUUCAGAACCAGAGACUGAAAACAGUUAGACAAUUGUAUGAGCAGUACAUAAAGAGUUUGGAGGACUUGGAAAAGAAUCACGAUAAUCUACUUAGUGGUACACAAAACGAACUUAAAAAAGAAAUGGCAAUGUUGCAAAAGAAGAUUAUGAUGGAAACUCAGCAGCAGGAGAUGGCAAGUGUUCGCAAGUCUCUUCAGUCCAUGUUACUCUGAUGACUCUUUGGAGACAGAACUUGAACCUGAGUAAUGUGACACAAUUUAUCAUUAGCCGAGUCACACAAGUCUUCAGCUUACAAGCUCUAGUUAAACUUAACACCUUUGGUCAUAGAAGUUCUAGUUUAAAUUGUAACAUUUUUAAUCAUUAUCAUGUUUAAGUGUAAGACCUCCCUAUCUAUUCACUUCCAAAUAAAAUCCAAACAGUUAUGUGAGGAGCAGCUAUUCCUACACUAUUUGUGUCAAACUUUUAGCUCUUCAGUUGUAACAGUGAAUUUUUCUAACACUGUUAGCUUUUGUCAAUAAAGAAUAUUCAGAUUUA